AUGUCAGAACUCACCGAAGUCAGUCAAAAGAAGCGAAAGCUGCAGGAUGGUCCUGAGCUUGAAAUCGAUGUCUCGGCUCCCGAACCAGUCUCAAAGAAGGCUCUGCGCAAAGCGAAAAAGAACAAAGGGGGUGAUGCAGAUGAUGAUGGAGAACCCAAGUCGAACAAGUCGAACAAGUCCAGCAAACUCGAAUCCAAAGAAGCCGAAACAGAGGGGAAGCGGUCCCAAUAUGGUAUUUGGAUUGGAAACCUAUCGUUCACAGUGACCAAAGAAGAGCUGCGCAUGUUCUUCACCGUCAACUCAGACAUCUCCGAGUCGAAUAUCACUCGAAUUCAUCUCCCCAAGGGUCCCGAAAGAUUUGGGAGGUCACAGAACAGAGGUUUCGCCUAUGUCGACUUCACCGACAAGAAGUCCUUGCAAGAAGCAAUUGGCCUGAGCGAGCAGCUCAUGACCGGCCGCCGCGUGCUCAUCAAAGAUGCAAACAACUAUGAAGGUCGCCCUGAGAAAUCCGAAUCACAAGAGAAUGCUGCGGGUGCAGCCAAAUCUGGCAAAUGCAAGGGUUAUGCGUGGGUGGAGUUUGAAGACCUCGCGGCCGCAGAAGCAGCGGUGAGAGGAUUCAUGUUGGUCAAGGAGGAUGACGAGGAAGAAGAUUCUUCCGACAGUGAUUCUGACUCGGCGUCUGAGAAGAAGAAGAAGAAGUCGAAGAAGCUAAAGCCCCGUAUGCAAAGGGUUUGGGUGAACCAGCUCAUGGGUCGCCGUAUGCGAAUGGAGUUUGCCGAGGAUGCGUCUAUACGAUACAAGAAGCGCUUUGGAAAGGAUGCCGAGAAGAAGGAUGAACCCGCUAUCACAGAAGUCAAUGGCGAAUCACGCGAGAGACCCCGACACAAGAAGAGACGUGAAUCCAUCGAUGAGUCUCGCUACUCCAAGGAAACUGUCCAGAAGCUCAGUGGUGCCAUUGUCGAGGGCCAAGGCCAGAAGACUAUGUUUGACUAA